AACCAGGCAUCUUUCAUAACGGCUAUCGACACAAUGCCAGCGGAGACAGAGCCACUCUUGGGCUCAGGGACGACCGCCCGGCCAGCGCGUCACCCGAAGAAAUUACUGAUCUGUAUCCUCUGUGCCAUAUUCUUGCUAUCGGCCGACUUUGGAUUCUUCAUGUCCACCGCGCCGCAGGUGGCAGUCUAUGAAGAGAUCAUCUGUCGAAACUACCAAGCAAACCUUCAUAAGGCGGGAAAUGAGACGUUAGGAGACUCCAAUCCGUGUAAAUCCGAGGCUGUACAGGGAGAAUUAGCGCUUGUGAUUGGCUAUCAGAACACACUUGAUGUGCUGCCUGGUAUGGCGCUUUCGCUGCCGUACGGGGUCCUCGCGGAUAGCUGGGGGCGGAGGCCUGUCCUAUAUCUUAGCAUGCUGGGCAUCGUUCUCGGAGAAAUCUGGGUUAAGAUAGUUUGUCUUGGUUCAAGAUUCAUUCCACUCCGCAUGGUCUGGUUCUCUUCUCUUUUCAAAAUCAUCGGCGGAGGCGACCAAGUCGUUACGGCCGUCGCCUUGGUCAUAGUCGCCGAUGUCUUCACCGACGAUGAGAGGGCGACCGCGUUAUUCCGCCUGCAAUCCUGCAUCCAGAUUGCGGAAAUUCUGGCCACUCCGUUUAGUGCUUAUCUGAUGAAAUUUGGUCCAAUGUUUCCAUUUGUUCUCUCAGUAUGCAUUAUCAUCGUGGGAAGCAUCCCAUGCUUGUUUCUCCCCGAAACUCUCCCAACCGCGGAAUCAAAGCGAAGCAAUCCCCAAAUGUCGGACCCGGACAGUGGAAAUGAGCAACCCCAGCCCCCGAGCAAGAAGACAGUAUUGGGGGAGCUUACACGGCAAGCUCGCGAGCUCGGUCAAUCGACGCGCUUUAUAUGGAGGGACUCUAAUAUCUGUCUGAUGGUCCUUGUACUGUCCGUCACAGUCAUGAGUAAACAAUGCACGAACCUGCUUCUGCAAUACGUGUCGAAGAAGUUUGACUGGAGCAUUAGUCGCGCUAGUCUCCUCAUCUCGCUGCGCGGGAUAUUCUCGCUCGCAACAUAUUUGCUCAUAAUGCCGACCUUGACAUUCUUAGCUGCCAAAUAUCUGGAUGUCCAUGGCAAAUACAGCGACCACUUGAUGAGUAAAGGGAGCGGUGUGCUUUCAGUUGUCGGAUACAUUGCCAUCUUCCUGGCGCCGACACCAGCCGUCUUGAUCGGGGGUCUGGUUAUCCUGUCAAUUGGUGCGGCAUUCAUGGUCAGCACGCGUAGUCUUGUUACUUCGCUCGUGCGACCCGACAACGUUGGCACUUUAUAUUCGACGAUUGCCAUUGCACAAGGUAUGGGAACUAUUGUCUCGGGCCCAUUGUUUGCCAACCUGUUCCGGCUGGGUAUGCAUCUUGGGAAAGUCUGGUUGGGACUACCAUUCUUGCAAGCUGCUGUCUUUUUCGGCCUUGCUGUCACUGCCGUUUGGCAUGUUCGUCUUAGACCGUCUCCGCCCGAUGACAGAGAGCAGGAACCGUUGUUAUCUGAGUAA